AAUCACACUACACAUAAUGCGUCGAUGAGACAAGUUCGGCGAAUCGCUAUCCGUUUCAUGCGAAUUAUUUGUGGUCGUAGGCUGCCACGAACAUGGAAGACGAUACUUGUAGUUUUUUCAAUUCAUAUGUACCUUACAGUACCAAUUAUUCUGGCUUUGGAAAUCAACGAACAAUUGACAGGUCUGUUUCGUCCGUUUCGAGAGCUUCAAAAACGAGGGCUACUUCUCGACGAAAUCGACCACUACGUUCUUGACCUUUUCGACGAAAAUGCCUAG